AUGACCGCUGCCCUUAAUCCUCGCUACCAACCCCCAUCCAGGGAUGCUCAUACUCUUAUUCCUGCAUGGUACUCUGUUGAAAAACAAAAUGUCAUUCAGGAGUUAGCACAGGUGAGUAAGGCUGCUAUUACAUGUGAUGGGUGGACCAGUGUGGCACAGGACCACUAUUUAACAGUUACUGUGCACUAUAUCAGUCAUGGCCACAUUAAACAGAAGGUGCUAAACACCAAAGCUGUGUAUGAGUCACAGGCAGGCCUCGUGGUAGCAGACAAGAUACAAGGCAUUCUGGAGGAAUUCCAGAUAAACACCAAAGUUGUAGCUGCCACAGCAGACAAUGCCAGCAAUAUGGAUGUUGCACUGAAGAAUCUGAAGCUUUUAAAGAUGGGGUGCUUUAUCCAUACCCUAAACCUGGCAGCACAGAAGAUUUACAGCAUCAGUGCCAUUACAAUGUGGUGUGCCAGACUUCAAGCUGUCGUGGUGUGGCUGAAGAGGUCCACCGUGGCUAAAACCGUCAUGCGGGAAAUGCAGCGACUACUUGAUCUGCCAGAACACAACAUGAUUCUGGAUGUCAGAACACGGUGGAACUCCCUUUUCCUGAUGGUGGAGCGAUUUUUGGAGCAGUACCCGGCCAACCUUGACCAACGACUUAGGAAGCCAAUGGAGAAAGACAGACUAGAAAGGCUCACAGAUGACGACUUCCAGAAAGCCGAGGAUUUUGUUAAAAUCAUGAAUUUGUUGUACAACUCAACCCACUGUGUAUCCAUUGAGCGGUCCCCCACAUGUGGCCAAAUUCUCCCCAUAUUGACUAAGCUGGAGGCACAUUUCAGGGUGUCUGAAGAGGACACAAUGUUUACCAGUGCUUUGAAAAAGAAGGUCUGGGGAGAUCUGGAAAAAUGA